GCUGCAUGGCGCUGGGAUGGCGGGGGCGCCGCGCGGCCGAGGCGGCGGCGGAGGCGGAGGCGGCGCGGGCGAGUCUGGGGGCGCCGAGCGGGCGGCAGGGCCGGCUGGCCGGCGCGGGCUGCGGGCGUGCGAAGAGGAGUUCGCGUGCCCCGAGCUGGAGGCGCUGUUCCGCGGCUACACGCUGCGGCUGGAGCAGGCGGCCACGCUGAAGGCACUGGCGGUGCUCAGCCUGCUGGCGGGCGCGCUGGCUGUGGCCGAGCUGCUGGGCGCGCCUGGGCCCGCGCCCGGCCUGGCCAAGGGCUCGCACCCCGUGCACUGCGUGCUCUUCUUGGCGCUGCUCGUGGUCACCAACGUCCGCUCGCUGCAGGUGCCCCAGCUGCAGCAGGUCGGCCAGCUGGCGCUGCUUUUCAGCCUCACCUUCGCGCUGCUCUGCUGUCCCUUCGCGCUCGGCGGCCCCGCCGGGGCCCACGCCGGGGUGGCAGCGGUGCCGGCGGCAGCCGAGCAGGGCGUCUGGCAGCUUCUUUUGGUCACCUUCGUGUCCUAUGCCCUGCUGCCCGUGCGCAGCCUGCUGGCCAUCGGUUUUGGGCUCGUGGUGGCCGCCUCGCACUUGCUGGUCACGGCUACCCUGGUCCCCGCCAAGCGCCCACGUCUCUGGAGGACGCUCGGUGCCAACGCCCUGCUCUUCCUGAGCGUGAACAUGUACGGGGUCUUUGUGAGGCUCCUGGCCGAGCGCUCCCAGAGGAAGGCCUUCCUGCAGGCCCGGAACUGCAUCGAGGACCGGCUGCGGCUGGAGGAUGAGAACGAGAAGCAGGAGCGGCUGCUCAUGAGUCUCCUGCCCCGGAAUGUUGCCAUGGAGAUGAAGGAAGACUUCCUGAAGCCCCCCGAGAGGAUUUUCCACAAGAUUUACAUUCAGCGGCAUGACAAUGUGAGCAUCCUCUUUGCAGACAUCGUGGGCUUCACGGGCUUGGCGUCGCAGUGCACGGCCCAGGAGCUGGUGAAACUCCUCAACGAGCUCUUCGGCAAGUUUGAUGAACUGGCCACGGAGAACCACUGCCGCCGCAUCAAGAUCCUGGGAGACUGCUACUACUGCGUGUCGGGCCUCACUCAGCCCAAGACCGACCACGCCCACUGCUGUGUGGAGAUGGGCCUGGACAUGAUCGACACCAUCACGUCCGUGGCUGAGGCCACUGAGGUGGAUCUGAACAUGCGUGUGGGGCUGCACACCGGGAGGGUCCUCUGUGGGGUCCUGGGCCUGCGCAAGUGGCAGUACGACGUGUGGUCCAACGAUGUGACCCUGGCCAACGUCAUGGAAGCCGCCGGGCUCCCUGGGAAGGUUCAUAUCACGAAGAGCACCCUGGCGUGUCUGAACGGGGACUACGAGGUGGAGCCCGGCCACGGCCACGAGAGGAACAGUUUUCUGAAAACUCACAACAUCGAGACCUUUUUCAUCGUGCCCUCCCAUCGGCGGAAGAUAUUUCCGGGGCUGAUUCUCUCAGACAUAAAACCAGCCAAGAGGAUGAAGUUCAAGACCGUGUGCUACCUGCUGGUGCAGCUGAUGCACUGCCGGAAGAUGUUCAAGGCGGAGAUCCCUUUCUCCAACGUCAUGACUUGCGAGGAUGACGACAAGCGGAGGGCGCUGAGAACAGCCUCGGAGAAACUCAGAAACCGCUCGUCUUUCUCCACCAAUGUCGUCCACGCCACCCCUGGGACACGCGUCAACAGGUACAUCGGCCGCCUCCUGGAAGCCCGCCAGAUGGAGCUGGAGAUGGCAGACCUGCACUUCUUCACCCUCAAGUACAAGCAGGCCGAGCGAGAGCGGAAGUACCACCAGCUGCAGGACGAGUAUUUCACCAGCGCCGUGGUUCUGGCCCUCAUCCUGGCCGCCUUAUUCGGCCUUGUCUACCUUCUAAUCAUCCCGCAGAGCGUGGCUGUCCUGCUCCUGCUGGUGUUCUGCAUCUGCUUCCUGGUAGCUUGUGUGCUGUAUCUACACAUCACCCGUGUCCAGUGUUUUCCAGGGUGCCUGACGAUCCAGAUCCGCACCGUCUUAUGCAUUUUCAUAGUGGUCCUGAUCUACUCCGUGGCCCAAGGAUGCGUGGUGGGCUGCCUGCCUUGGACCUGGAGCUCCAGCCCCAACGGGUCCCUGGUGGUCCUAUCAUCGGGGGGCCGGGCCCCCAUGCUGCCCGCCCCGCCCUGCGAGUCUGCGCCACACGCCCUGCUCUGCGGCCUCGUGGGCACCCUCCCGCUGGUCACGUUCCUGCGCGUCUCCUCCCUGCCGAAAAUGAUCCUGCUCGCCGUGCUCACCACGUCCUACAUCCUGGUCCUGGAGCUCAGCGGGUACACGAAGGCCGUGGGGGGCGGCGCCGUCUCUGGGCGCAGCUUCGAGCCCAUCUUGGCCAUCCUGCUGUUCUCAUGUGCGCUGGCCUUGCACGCCCGGCAGGUGGAUAUCAAGCUGCGGCUGGACUACCUCUGGGCAGCUCAGGCCGAGGAGGAGCGGGACGACAUGGAGAGGGUGAAGCUGGACAACAAGAGGAUCCUUUUCAACCUCCUGCCGGCCCACGUGGCCCAGCACUUCCUCAUGUCCAACCCCCGCAACAUGGACCUGUACUACCAGUCCUACUCGCAGGUGGGGGUCAUGUUCGCCUCCAUCCCCAACUUCAACGACUUCUACAUCGAGCUGGACGGUAACAACAUGGGGGUGGAGUGCCUGCGCCUCCUCAACGAGAUCAUCGCCGACUUCGACGAGCUCAUGGACAAAGACUUUUACAAGGACCUGGAGAAGAUCAAGACCAUCGGGAGCACCUACAUGGCUGCUGUGGGGCUGGCGCCCACGGCCGGGGCCAAGGCUAAGAAAUGCAUCUCCUCCCAUCUCAGCACGUUGGCGGACUUUGCCAUUGAGAUGUUUGAUGUCUUGGAUGAGAUCAACUACCAGUCUUACAACGACUUCGUGCUCCGCGUGGGCAUUAACGUUGGCCCCGUGGUGGCCGGGGUGAUCGGGGCCCGCAGGCCGCAGUACGACAUUUGGGGAAACACCGUCAACGUGGCCAGUCGGAUGGACAGCACCGGCGUCCAGGGCAGAAUCCAGGUGACCGAGGAAGUUCACCGGCUGCUGCGACGGGGCACGUACCGCUUUGUGUGCCGAGGCAAAGUCAGCGUCAAGGGCAAGGGUGAGAUGCUGACAUACUUCCUGGAAGGCAGGACCGAUGGAAACGGCUCCCAAGCCAGGUCCCUGAACUCAGAGCGGAAAAUGUUUCCCUUCGGAAGAGCCGGCCUCCAGGCCAGACCGGCCACGGGCCACCCCCCCGUGCCCCCAGCAGCCGGCCUCCCUGUCAGAGCCGGGCUGGGGGCUCUGCAGGGCGCGGGGGUCGUCCCCUGCCCCCCAGGCCAGCACCUGCCCCCCAGAGCGGCUGGAAAGGAGGCUUAGCGGAGCUCCCAUGGGCCACUGGGGGCACAAGGCAUGAAUGCUUGGGGGUGUGGGGGGCCCUGGGGGGCUCCCCCAGGGACCAGCCCCACCAGCAGAGCAGGGCCGGGAGCCAGUGGCCAGGCUAGAGAAAGGGCACUGUCCAGGCAUGGGCCGAAGCCUCUCGGCAGUGACUUGGGUGAGGGGAGAACCUAAUUGUGUGGACGCCGAGGCUUUCACGGCGACUCUGCUUGCUCCCGCCUCUCCUGGGCGGCAGAAGGAGGCUGCCUGGGUCAGCAUCAGGAGGCCGGACCUUCAGGACAUCUGCCAGGGCUGCAGGCUACAGCAAGAGCCCUGGAAUCUGGCUGGCAGAGGGACCGGGGCACCCCCCCUCGAGUGUGCCCUGAGACGGAUUGGCGUCAGCCCAGCAGGGGUCCUGUGGAGGCGGCUCCAGCUCUGGGCAGUGGCCUGUGGAGCUGGAGUGGGAGUCAGGACUCUCUCGGCAGGGUCAGAGCUGGACAGGCCUUAGACAGACAGUUUGGGAAGAAUUGAGACGCUCCUGUUCCAUAGCAGGGAUGGGGGUGGCCACUGGCUUUCUUCAAGACUGUUUUUUCGCUAAGAGCCAGAGGCAGGUCUUCUGGAAUUCUUGGAGGCUCUGCAGCCACAUCUCUGAACCAGCAUAGAUCCUUUUCUGCCUGUGUGUCCUCCACUUGCCCCACCUGAGGGUAUCGGCUCCGUGAAACCUGGACAUUCCCUUUUCUGCCCAAGUCACUGUGUUUGUUCAAAGCAGAGAAGGCAGUUGCUGUUAUUUCUCACCUCUCUGCUGUGGCAUCUCGGGUUCUUGAACAACAGUGCAAGGCUUUGUUGAUUUUGAAGACCAGGGAACCUCACAACGUGAGAAGCUUCCUGGAUGAAAGGUGUUUCUCUGGCAGAGCCGGUCCCCUGGACAUGGAAUCUUGGUGUUAGUUUCUGGCUAUAAGUACAGAUGUCCCUGCUCCAGUUUGCAGGGAAAGUGACUGCAAGUCAUUCUGUACAAGUCUGGGUAUCUCCUGCUUCUCCGUGGUCGCCAUGGCGAUGAAGGGUGAGACUGGGAUGAGCUGUUGGCGGGCAGGGGUCCGGGGGGGCCAGUGGGAGAGGACUGGCCAGACAUAGCUGGACGUGGAGACCUCAGCUCUUGACUCCAGGAAGGAGAGCAGCUUGAAACUGGAAGGAAGGUUCUGGCUGGGCCAGUCAGUAGGGGGAUGCUGUCCCCAGACCCACAGGUCCCACAGCAGCUGAUUGCGGGGUGCCUAGGGUUGCAGGGGAUCUGCUCUGUCGAGCCAGAGCCCUGGGGGUCCCAGGUGUCACUGCUCCUCAGGGGCUUCCCCCCCACCCCACCCCGUCGCCACUGAGGGUCCUGAUUUUUCAGGAUUAGAACAGGGGCUCACUCUGGACUGAGCCCCAUGGGGGUGGCUGGCGGUGUCCCCGGGGCCGCCCCUAGUGUGGGUGUGUGACUUGUUGCUGUGUGUGUACAGCCGGCAGCGUUGGCCACCUGGCUGUGUGUGGACAGGCCAGUGAUGGAGAUGGGCAGGUGGACUGUGUCUUUCCUCUGACGGGCCCUGAAUGAGCGGCCGAAUUGCCCUUCGCCCUUACAGACGGGGAGUCAUUCCCUCCGGGGAAGGAAACUGGGUCAUCUCCAGCGCCCAGUGGACAGGUGGCCGGUGCAGGUGCCCAUGUCUGUGCCCACCUGCUCCUGGGGGCUGAGACCCGGGCCAGGGCCUUGCUGCCCCGCCUGCUUGUCACGGCCGAGCUUCUACCCCAGGGCGGAGCAGGAGGGGGUGGACAGCGUGGUGGCCCACGAGCCUGUGAACAUGCUGUGUCACAUGGAUGCCGUGUCACACGGCCAGGGCAGCUCUGCUGGGGCCAGUCAGGGCCGGGGCUGUGAGCUGGAGACUGGGUUCUGGGCCAGCUAUGUGGGCUCAGUGUGACCACGUGGCCCCUUAGAAGUGGAUGGGGCAGGCAGGGCCUUCAGGAAGAUUCAAAGCACGAAGUUGCUGUUUAAAGAUGAGGGGCCGCGGCCGGUGGAGGGGAGGACGCCCUAGCCAUCAGCCAGCGAGGAGGCGGGUCGCCACUCCCACGGCCACGGGCGCUGAAUUCACACCAACCAGAGCCGGAUGGACCUGAGCCCUGGGGUGAGAGCCCAGCCCCGCCGUGCUCGGGUCCACAGAGCCGCGGGACCCUCCGUGUGCGCUGGCAAAGCCGUGGGACGUGUGGCCUGCUGUCCCCGUGGCCGCGGGAAGCCAUCGGGGCCUCGGCUGCUUUGAGACGGCGGCGAGGCCUCCCCUUUGACAAGCAGCACCUCUUCCAUCAUCAGCAGUUCCAAACCCUGCCUGCUUCCUGUGGGCACAGGGGCCCGUCAGCCAUAGCGUUCCUUGGGGUUUGGCCAACGACGUCCUUUUUAUUUGUGAUAAGACUGUAUGAUAUUUGCCUUAUUUAUUUUUAA